ACCACCACCACUACCACUACCGCCGCCACGCUAGCCAGUAUUGCAUGAGACUCUAGUGUGUGAUGACCUGCGCCACCACCACCACCACCACCACCAGACACACACCCAAGUACUGCACCACACAAGCCGCCAGCUACACAGUGACGUGCUAAGAGCCCUGCCAUGACCCCCGCCACCUGACCCCUGGAUCGGCCACAGUCCGGUCCGCUCCUCCGCCGCCCGGGCACCCCUAUCAUCACUAGCAGGUUCCUCCUCCAAUGGGUCCUCCGGGUCCUCCCCUGCCAAUGGAGCACUCAAACGAGCCAACCCAUCCUCGGGCGACUCCUCAUCGUCAUAAUCAUCCACUUCCUUUUCCAACUCAAUCCUCCGAGCCGGUGCAGUCCUCCUAGGUGCCGUUUUGAUGGCGUCUCCCAUGUGGAUGUGGUGUUUAACGAGGGCUGUGCAACCCAGGUCGCGGUCCCCUUUAAAGAAGAAGUCCGCAUACGAUGACAGUAACCAUCCCACCUCUCUGGCAAUGCUCCUCUGCUAUGAAUCCUGCAGAGGUCGCAGCGGCACGCCCUUCGGUCCUGCUUCCCGCUCCGGCAGCCGCGUGAGCCUGACCGCAGGCCGCCCAUCCAGCAGGUCCCUUCCCCUCUGCACGCCGAAGGAGGAGGAGGAAGACGAGGGAGAGGAGGAGAAGAAGGAGGAAGACGCAGAGGACUCAAUCGAGGAGGAAGAGGAGCGGGACCACUCUGUUAGGACCCGCACGUAUUCAGGGACAUCACUGAGCAGCAGCACGGGCGGGGACACCUCAGAACUCUCGAGGGACACCUACCGCGCCAGACACUCCAGGUACUGCAAGUGCGCGUCCACCCAGGAGGAGGAGGAGGAGGAGGAGGACGAGGACGAGGACGAAGACGAGGACGAGGAGCAGGGGGCAGCAGUCAUGGUGGAGGCGCGGGUGGUGUACGCCUCCAGCCACGAUCCGGCCUUCCCGCCCUCCGCCAUGCUGGACGGGCGGCCGGACACGUUCUGGGCCUCCACGGGGCUGUUCCCUCAGGUGGUGGUGAUCACGCUGCCUGCCGUCACCUCCCUUGAGAACCUCUCCAUCUUGGCCUAUAACGUGCGCAGGGUGAGUGUGGCCCGCAGUGUCAAGGCUUUACCAACAGAUUUUGAAGAUUUUGUCGAGAAAGAGCUGCCGCAGGUGGACGGCAAGCUGCAGAAUUCCGUGCUGUCUGAGCAGGUGACCGCCGCCCACCUCAGGCUGACCAUUACUGAAGGUCACGGUCACUUCUGCUCGCUGCACCAGGUGAGCGUGGUGGGGACAAGCGCGAAAGAGGCGGAGGCGGUGAAGGUGACGGCGGUGGUGGCCAGCCCCAAGAAGCGUCAGCAUUCCCCCACCAAGGUGAUGCCCAAGGUGAUUCCGGUGAGGAAGUCAGGCAUGGAUGGCGGCAUGGACCUCACGCUGCCCCUUGACCUUACCCCCACUGACGACGAUGAGUUCUAGCGCCCCGCACCGCUCAGCCCACGCCGGGUCUGUGUUGGCAAACGUGUCUGUGUCUCACUUGGCGGCGCCUUCAUAUCAGGCAUUCAGUGGAGGCUAAUUGAGGUGUUCCAGGGUGUUCGUGUGAUUUAACAAGCAUCCUUUGCAUGUAAGUGGGUCACUGGCCAGGGGCAAGGAAAAUGAAGAAAAAAAGUCUCACUGGGAUCUGAGUACUAAAGAGCCAAAUGGAUCAUCUAAAAUUGGAGGAUAAGUGUCUUGAGACCUCCCUCUUGAGAGAGUCCAAGUCAGAGGAAGGAAGAAAACAUAGCAACAGGCACGGAGUUCCAGAGUUUACCAGAAAAAGGAAUGAAAGAUUGUGAAUACUGAUUUAUUCAUGCAUUAAAGAGGUGGACAGAAUAGGGGUGAGAUAAAAUACAAAGGCUUGUGCAGGGAGGACGCGGGAGGAGAGCAGGCAAGCAGUUAACAAGAUGAGAAGAGCAGUUAGCGUAAAAAUACCGGUAGAAGAUAACAAGAGAUAGAAUAUUGCGGCGAUGAGAGAGAAGCUGAAGACAGUCAGUUAGAGAUGAGUUGAUGAGGGAAGAGAGAGGGUGAAGGGCUGAAGACAGCCAGUUAGAGGAGAGUUGAUGAGAGGAAGAGAGAGAGGCUGAAGACAGUCAGUUAGAGGAGAGGAGUUGAUGAGAGGAAGAGAGAGAGGCUGAAGACAAUCAGUUAAAGGAGAGGAGUUGAUGAAAGGAAGAGAGAGAGGCUGAAGACAAUCAGUUAGAAGAGAGGCGUUAAUAAGACGAAAUGCUUUUGAUUCCAUCCUGUCUAUAAGAGCAAUAUGAGUGGAGCCCCCAUAUAUGUGAGGUGUACUCCAUACACGGUUGGAUGAGGCCCCUUUACUAAGUUAGCAGCAGAAGAUGGUGAGAAAAACUGGUGACUGAUGAUGUUCAGUGUAGAAGAAGUGGGCAAUUGAAUGUCACUGAAGAAGUUUAACAAGAAUUCCGCAUUUCCAAUGGGAUAAACACUCACUGAAACCUGGCUAACGUUCUCUGUGGCCAUUGAAAAUAGUUCUUGUGAGAGUCUAAUGCGUUUCUGAGUACGUGCGUGGGAUCACAUUCUCAAACCUUUCGGCGCCUUCAUCUCCACCAGCUUUAACAGGCUCUAGUGGACAUUACUAGGAUUCUCGGAGGCGUUUUCAUGAUCCUAGUGAUAGUCUGACAAGGAUUCUUCAUCAUCAAUAAGAAAGAAAAAUACUCAGGGGAACCCAUUCAAUCAUCUCUGUGGCUUUUGGAAAGAGUUCUUGUGAGAGGCUGAAGUGUUUGCGAAUACUGACCUGAAAAUUAUACUGUACACUUAUCACACUGGCCGCGACGCACCGCAAGGCUGGCUGUUCACACUAACUUGGCGGUAAGUGUCUGGUAGAUGAGGAUAAUACUAUAUGUACCUGCAAGCGUCACCUGGUUACUAUAGUGGCAUUCGUGUUAUGUACUCACUGAGGGACUAAAAGUUGCAUUAUCGCACUCUGCCAGCCUCCCCAUCAACACUGCGUCUGAAUCCAUGCCUGCAAAACGCUUUAGGAAAACUUAUAUAGAUAUCACUGCUAGUUAUAUGUAAAAACGUAUAAUUGACUAUAUUUAGUGGUAUUCGCUAUUGUUGCUUGUAUGUACUACUAUUAAGAGUGGUAAGUGUUCCUAAAGAUUACCACAUGCACGGGCUAGAACACAGUGUUGACGGGUAGGCUGCCAGAGUAUUUGAUUUUAUCUGCAACCGCCGUGGUGCAGUGGUAUCGCGCGUGCUUGGGGGCCGAAGGAUCAUUAACCGCAGGGGUUCGAAUCCUGGCCAUGGUCCGAGGUUAGGAAGGGCAUCCAUUCUGGGUAACGGUGACCAAAUGCCAAAACCAAAGUCGUUUAAUUAAGAGACGCCGUCCUGGCCAUGACAGAUUAACAGAACGUACGUAAAAUUGAAAUAAAUUGCCAGAGUACGAUGGUGCAGCCUUCAGAUCCCGUGACCGCGCUUAUGUAGCGUUGCUGUGGAAAGAUGCUAUUUUUGUGAGCUGAGAAGACAAUCCUUUGUUGCACUUGUGUAUGUACGUAUGUAAUGUUGUAUUAUCAUUCAUCAUCAGUUUGGUGUUCUAAUGAAAUAUUUUUAUCGGAAAA